UUUAAGCCCUGAGCUCCUCUGUGUAAAUGUUGCUGGUGAGUCUUGGUUUUUACUAAGACCUAAAACGGGGCUGGGGGACCAGAAAAGAUGAAAAGUUGGGAAGGGACUUGAGACCAAUGGCUUCUGCCAUAAAGAAGAUCUUUGGGGUUAAAGAAAAGACACCCUUCGGUUUCUGUGAUGGCCCACAAAUGUCCAUCUCCGAGUUUUUCUUCGGUGAAUCUCCCAGCUAUCCAAAAUACCAUACAACGUACAGACCCUUGGGGCAGAUCCACCAGGCUGCAGCUGAGGGUGAUGCAGGCCAGAUGGAGAUUCUCAUGACGCUUGGACAGUGUUCUGUGUUUGACAGAGACCACAAAAACAGGACAGCUUUGCAUUUUGCCUGUGUCUAUGGCCGGCUACCAGUGGUAAAUAUUCUAGUGAAUAAUAAUUGUGAGAUAGAUGCCUUAGACAAGGACCACGUCACACCUCUGAUAAAGUCUGUUCAAUGCUGGAAACUGAAAUGUGCAGCUGUUCUACUGGAGCACGGUGCUGAUCCGAACAUUAGGGACUACAGUGGCAACUGUGCCUUGCACUACGCUGUGUACAAUGGACAUGAAGAGAUGGCGUCAUUACUGCUCAAAUACCAUGCUGAUAUCGAACAGAAAACCAAAGAUGGCUUUACACCACUUUUGUUGGCACUCAGAGAGAGGAAGGUAGGAGUGGCAGAACUUUUUGUGAAAAAAGGAGCAGAUAUACAUGUUGUAGAUGACAUGCGAAGAAACACCUUGAUAUAUGCUAUACGAUGUGGAUCAAAAAAUAUGGCUACAUUGCUCCUUCAGAAAGGCAUUGACUUCUUCUACAAGGAUACCUUUGGAUGGACGGCAUUACGGUAUGCUAUUGAAGGCCACUGUACUUUUAGGCAGAUGCUUCUGGAUUUCGAAGAAAACAUACACAAUAACAGAAAUGAUAGUGAACCAGUCAAUAUCUUUGUUUCUGUGGAACUAGGAAUUGAACCCAAGACUUCCUGCAUUUUAGAAGAACAAAUGGAUUCUGGAAAUGACCCAUUAGCUGGAAUUUCCAGUUGUCCUGGUCCCAUACCUCCCAUGCCUACCAUAAAGGAAGACAACUACAAUUCUGAUGCUAAGAGCUUCUCUGAGCGUGCCCCUCUGACCUGUGCUGAGAAUACAGCCAAACGAAAGGUGGAAGCAUGGAUUGAGAAAGAUUUGUCCCCAAAGCCUGCUCCUGAGCCUGCCCCUGAAGUAAGAGAAUCUGUUACAAAUGAAACAAUAGAAGUAAUAGAGCUGUUACCCUCUGUACCAGAGUUAGAAUUGAUGUCAGUGGAAGAAGAUAUGUCUGAUGAAAGUGAAAAUAAUCAGCCACUGAGUGUCUUGGAGCAUCUUCCACAGAUGAAUGUUGGCCAUUUAUCUGAUGCAGAAGACGAAAUGGAAAAAAAUGAUAUAAACAGACAAGUGAAAGGUAGGAAUAGCAUUUUAUUAAAAAGAAUUAUGUGA